AUGCUAUAUAGAGUACAGAGAGAAUCAACUCAAGCUGCCAGAGAGGUUUUUGGAAACAAUUAUCAAAGUGUUCUAGAACAAGUCCAUGUUGACGAUGAUGCAUUGGUGGAAGCACAAGAUUUAUUGGAUUCCUGGCUUCAUGAAAAGAAACAUCAAGAUGAUCAAUUUAAUUUAGAAGUGCAAUUUAAGCAUGAAAAGUGGGCACAGAAAGGCAAACCCUUGGAACAAGUCACAAGAAAAUCCAUUACUGAUGAUGAUUACAGUGAUUAUAGGGAUAUGCCUGACCAGUUCUUACAGUCACAUGACUGGUCAACACUGAACAGUUAUCAUAGCAACCAGGUUCCUAAUGCUAUGGGUGCAGAAUAUGAUGAAGACCUUAAUGAUGAGAUAUCAGUUCAGCAUAUACUAAGGGACAUGUUGGACAAGAAUGUUGUCGAAAAAGAGAUCUUGAAUGACUUAGGAUUUGAUGGCAGCAAAAAGAAAAAAGACCCAAGGCCUAAGAUGGAGCUCCGACAUAAACAGGUGAAAGAGAAAAGUCAAGCAAGACAGAAGGAUAUAGAAAAGAAACGAAGAGAAAAUGCAGCUCGUAAGCAAGCAGAAGCAGAAGCUCGUCAACAUUUGCUCAGGGAAGAAAGAGAGCAACAAGCAAAACUCAAAAGAGAAGAGGAUCAAAUACAAAAAGAAAUGACCAAGAUCCGCAGAGCUAUGGAAGAGGAGAAGAAGGCUACCAAGGAAAAACUAGACAAUGAGCGGCGCAAAGAGAAGGAAGCGGAGUUGCUGGCUCGGCAAUAUCUCGAGGAAGAGCAGAGGAAGAAGGAAGAGCAGCUGAGGAGGGACGCAGAAGAUAAAGAAGAGAUGAGGAGAAUGUUGUUGGAACAGAUGGAGAAGAGGGCAGCAAAAGAGGCCAGCAACAGUCUUAGGAUUCUCCAGAGACACUUCUCAGCUUGGUAUUCAGUUGUUGCAUCACAGAGGAUCAAACUUGGUAAAGCAAAAGCUAUGUCUGACUGGCGUUGUAAACUAAGAGCUUGGAAUGCAUGGUUGGCCUACGUCAAUCACAUAAGAUCUGAUAAGGAGGCUCAAACCAUCACCAUGGAGAUGAAAGAAAAGCACAGAAAGGAGCAAUUGUCUUUGAAAUUCCAUCGUCGUCAUUUGUUGCUGCGCUGCCUUCGGUCGUGGCAACAGUGGGUGAAAAGAGAACAAGAAAGAAGACAGCUUCAAGAAGAACACGAAAAAAAGACACAAAAGAUGGCGGCGUUACUGCAAGCAGCAGCUACUGGCAGAUUGUGGAGUGAGCGGGGGGAAAAUACUAACACGGGGUUAGAACUUCAAGACAUUGAAGAUGAUAAGGAUGUGCAGAGCUCAAGCACUGCGAGAAAACUGGACGAAAUUUUCUCACAACCUGCAAGGACGGUAAACCAUAAACAUUCCCUGACAAAUGUAAUAGAUCCAGAGGAGAUUUCCUUAAGAAGGACUAAAGUUAGUGACAAACCACCAAUAAUUAAACCAGCUUGGAGCGAGCAACAGAGAAAGGAGCAAUCCAAGAAAGAAUUCCAGACAGGCAGAGAAGCUAGGAGUAAAUCCAAUCGACAACGCAGUUACAGUGAAGUGGAAAACAUUGAAACACUUUAUUCUACAACCAAAAAUAGAGAAAAAGCGAAAAGUGAAGACAAGAAAACUAACCCAGGUUUUUCAAAGAGUAAAUCUGAUGAAAGACUUGAUUCACAAGAGGCGGAAUCUAGAGAGCAUGUUUUAACUGGGCGAUCAGCCAGUAGUGCUUCGUUGGACAAUGGUACAUCCUCUGUACCUAGUAAGUACACUUCACGAGAAGCCGUUGUCAAAUCACAGAAGCCAACCACAAAACCGUUACAUCUGGCCAUGGAGGAACGUGCUCAGAAACGCCAGGAGCGAAAGAAAGCUUUGGACGAAAAAAAGAGAAAGGCGGAAGAGGAGAGACUGGAAUUUCUCAAAAAGGAACAAGAGCGUAAAGAAGCAGAAUUGUUAGCGGAGAAACAAGAAGCGUUACAAAAAAGAAGAGAAGAGAAACGCAUCGCUAGAGAGCGAGAGCUCGAGAAACAACGGCAGUUAGAACAAAACCGACAGCAGAUUUCCCUAGCAACCCAGCAUUACGCUUGUGUCCUCCUGAAAAAGUACGGCUUGUCACCGUGGAGACAUCUAGUGGAGACGACGCGGGAAAAUAUGUCACGUGCAGUAUUACAUCAUAAUAGAUUGUUGCUUACAAGAUGUUUCCAUCCGUGGCUGGAUUUCACAAGAAGAGCGAAUGAAGAUAGACUUGAGGCAUCAGAAGCGUUGCACCAAAAUAUUUUGUUGCGACGAAUGUGGAGACAGUGGAGAAAGUUUGGCCAGCAUGCUGUCAGACUGCAGUUGGUGGCCGAAGAUUAUUGUUCCUCGUACCUUGUGAAAAAAUACUUCAGACUCUGGCAGGAUUACGUUACCGAGCAACAGAUCCUGUUAUGGGAAAAGGAGAGGGCAGCCGAGGAACACAAUGAAUGGCGAUUGAAGAAACUCGCGAUGAUCUACUGGAAAAAGUACAUACCAAUGUUGAGAUCAGAACGAGAAAAGGAAGUCAGGAGGGCGGACUUGAGGAAAAGAGUUCACUCAUGGCUGCCUGAUUUUCAGUCGUUAACGGAAACAUCACCCUGAUCAUCCUAAGAGCGCCGCGUGACCUCUCCCCAGACUUCCACAUCUUUGUUCACGCAAAGCUAGGACCAAGAAUUUUUUCUGAUCGUCUGGCUGCAGGGCGAGAACUUGGAUUCAAAAUCUCGCUCGAAUUCUUUCUUAGAAGUAUUUUUAUUUACAAACAAUACAUCUCAAUUAAAAAUCUAUCCAAGAGGUACAAUUGUCCCUAAUAGAAUGGCGGUUUUAACUGGUCAUGUAGUCCUCGAUUUUUCUUAAUGGUCUUACAUUUAAAGAGUACAGAAACCGCUUUCUACUUUUGCGAACUAACGUAUUAUUGUGCGGAUAUACAAAACCUUCCUUUUCAUAGAUCCCUAGCGUUCAAAAUACCUUGUCUUAUCGUUCCAUCAUCAAAAUUUCUACUACAUGUACGUCCCAUUUGAACCCGCAAACGGCUUCCCUGGAAACAUUUCGUUUAGAUGUACAAUGCAGGGAUUGGGAAGGCAAAUUAGACAAAUGGCCCAUAACUUUGUAAAGUUAUGGGCCAUUUGGUAGAAGUAUGGGCCGGAUGAAAAGGAAAACGGAAAUAGCAAUUCGUGACAGUGUGUACAGUAUUUUUUUCCCAGUUUUUCACUUUUUUAUUUUAUUUAUUUAAGUUUUACAUUACUCAAUCAAUCAACGAAAUUUUAUUGUAAUACUGUCAUCAAGUACAAAAGUCAUCAAAAGAUAUCCUAAUAACA